AUGCCAAAACAGUGUAGGACAAGUUCACAACAUAGAAACCAAUGUUUUGAAGAGUAUGAUGAUGGAUAUGUUGAUGAAAUGAAUGAACAUUCUUAUUCAAAACAACUCAUGAGAGAAGAAUCAGAUUCCUUCCUUGGCAACAGUAAUAUCUUCUCUAAAAGAGCUAGAAUCGAGGCAAGUUCUACAACGAGUUUGGUGCAAUGUAGUGAAAGAAGAAGAAGAAUAUGUGCUGAUGAUGAUGAUGGUCGUGCAGUAACAAUAACAAAUCUGUUUUGCUUUUAUGACCAUGAACUUCUGGAUAAGAAAAAAGGAAUAAAGGAUGAAGAAAAGUUUUAUAGAUGGGAGAGAAAGAUUCAACCACAUUUUGAUUUUUGCAUCACUUCUUUCAAAUCUCCAAACGAACCACAUUUUAUACAUCAAUAUAAGAACUUCAUCAUUAAGAUUGAAUUCCACCAGCUUACUCAGAGCAAAAAUGUAACAGGUAUUGACAGUGAAUUCUUCUCCUCUAUCUAUAAACCAUUUAUCUAA